AUGUUUCUAAUUCCCUACUUCAUUUCUGUAAGCAUAUUAUACUUGGGGGCCCUGUGUAAGCUGAAGCCCUCCCUGGUGGUUGAGCUGGCCAAGGACCUCCUGGAGUUCGUGGGAAGCGUGAGUGGCAUCCACAGCAGAGCAAGCAUGCUCACCAGUGUGGUGUGGGCCGUUGGCGAGUACCUGUCGGUAACCUGUGACAGGCGGUGCACCGUGGAGCAGAUCAACAAGUUCUUUGAAGCCCUGGAGGCCCUGCUAUUCGAGGUCGCCCAAUCCCGCCCCUCUGCUACCCUGCCCAAGUGUCCACCACAGGUCAUCACUGUGCUCAUGACUACACUGACCAAGCUGGCCUCCCGCAGCCAAGACCUGAUCCCCAGGGUCUCUCUGUUACUGUCAAAGAUGAGGACCCUGGCCCAGAGCCCGGCCACUGGCUCUGUGCACAGUGAGGAGGACUCAGAAGCCAUCUGCACCCGGGCCACAGAGCUGCUGAACCUGCUGAAGAUGCCCAGCGUGGCCCAGUUUGUGCUCACGCCGAGUGUGGAGGUGUGCGAGCCCCGCUACCACCGGGACACCAACACGGCCCUGCCCCUGGCCCUGCGCACGGUCAGCCGGCUGGUGGAGAAGGAGGCCAGUCUCCUGCCGGGGUGAAGGGACAGUGACCAG